AUGCAGCCAUUCAUAUGGAAACUUUUCCAUUUCAAGGACAUUAAUAUACGUUGCCAAAAACAGAUAGAUAUUCUCUCCAAGUUCAUGGAUUGUUCAAUCUCCAAUGGAGGAUCAAAGAGGCUUCUGGACUUGGCGCAACGGCUCCGCCUUUACAAGCCCCCACUACUCCCUGAAGACAUAUUGGAUGAUUUCAUGGAAGAGAAGGUUGUCUCAGAAGAAUCAACCACCCCAAUUGCUCAAAACACAGAAAAAUUCAGAUACAAGAGAGCUGCUGUUUUGAUCUGCCUCUUUGAAGGAGAUGCUGGGGAUCUCAGAGUGAUACUCACCAAGCGCUCUUCCAAGCUCUCCACUUACUCGGGUGAAGUGGCCUUGCCUGGUGGGAAAGCGGAGGAGGGGGACAAGGAUGAUAUGGACACAGCAAAAAGAGAGGCAAUGGAGGAAAUUGGGUUGGACCCUGAACUUGUCGAUGUUGUUACUGUUCUUGAACCAUUCUUCUCUAAGUACCUCAUGAGAGUGGUUCCGGUCAUUGGCAUUCUUCAUGACAAAAAAGCAUUCAAACCUGUUCUGAAUCCUGCUGAAGUAGAAGCUGUAUUUGAUGCACCUUUAGAAAUGUUUCUCAAGGAUGAAAAUAGAAGCCAGGAGAAGAUGCAAUGGAUGGGAGAGAAUCAUCUGAUACAUUUGUUUGACUAUGAAAUCGAGCAUAAAAAAUUCCUAAUAUGGGGUUUAACUGCUGGGAUCUUAAUAAGGGCAGCAUCAGUUGUGUACCAACGACCACCAGCUUUCAUGGAGCAGAAUCCUAAAGUCAAGCUUCCUCGGGAUUUAACUGUUUAA